AACCUCCUAUUUGGGAAAGAACCCAAAUAAAGAAUUAUUCCGUCACACCCUAUAACCAAAAAAUGUCUGCACUUUAAUGCUUCGAUGAUGACAACGUGACCACAGUCUGUAUAUUAUCUUCUGCUCUUGAACCGGUGCCGCCCACGUAACAGCUCGGAUUCUCAGUGAAAGGCAAUGGGGAGCGCACCAUCUAUGCUAACUCAAUAUGAUAUUGAGGAAGUGAAGGGGCACUGCAAUAAUCUAUUUUCCCAGCAAGAAAUAGUGUCAUUAUAUCAAAGAUUUUGCCAACUUGAUCGCAAUGCAAAGGGUUUUAUCUCAGCUGAUGAGUUCUUAUCAGUUCCUGAGUUUGCGAUGAAUCCGCUUUCUCAGCAGAGGCUGCUUAAGAUGGUGGAUGGUUUGAAUUUUAAGGACUUUGUGGCUUUCUUGUCUGCAUUUAGUGCGAAGGCUACUAUGCAGCAUAAAAUUGGGUUUAUUUUCAGAGUAUAUGAUUCAGACAGUAACGGAAAGGUGUCUUUCAAUGACAUAUUCGAAGUGCUUCGGGAUUUGUCUGGUUCAUUCAUGUCUGAUGAGCAAAGAGAGCAAGUAUUGAGCCAAGUUUUGCAAGAAGCAGGUUACACGAGGGAAUCUUAUUUAAUGUUGGAUGACUUCAUUAAGGUUCUUAACAGUUCUGGCCUAAAAAUGGAUGUUGACAUUCCAGUUGACUGAUUUAGGCUAGCCCUGCUGUCUUUUGCUACAAUUCAAGAUGAAAAUCCGGAAGCCGGAUACUCAACCGGCAAAUGCGUUCUUGUAGAAUUGGAACCACACACCUCUGUUGAUAUACACUUUUUUUUUUUCUUUUUUAUAUAUAUAUAUAUAUAAUAAAAUGAUUUGAUAAACAAUAAUAAUAAUAAUAAAAGAAUCUGUGUAUUUAUUUCAAUAAAAUAUCAAAUGUCAUUUAUAGCUCUCUAA